CCGCACCACGUGAUCCGCAGAUCAGCGCGCUUCGUCUCCAUGCGCAGGUUGCCAGUCGCCACUUCUUUGCUAUCCUGCAUCUGCGUGGAGACGAUAACCAUAUCGAUCAACAUUUACACCCAGCUCGUCCUACAGCGACAUGGCUCUCAUCUCCUUCGAGGACCUCGCCGGAUUGGACGAUGAGCAGCUGGACGUUGACAUCACGGAUAACCCUGAGCCAAUGGAUGAGGAGGAGGAGGAGAGACUCUUUGCCCAUUGGCAGUCGGUGGGCAACACCCACCAGGUCUCCGUCCCCAGAGAAAUGUCCGGCCCGAUUCAGGAAAUGACCCAACAGAACCAGGAGCAGGAGAGGGUCCCAUUCACCCCCGUGUCUGAGCAUAAGAAGCUGGGAGAGCCGGUGUAUGAGGAGAGGGUGUACCCAGCGGGGAAGUGGGCCUGCGUGACUCAGCAGGAGGAGCUGUACGAGCAGAGCAUCUCCAUGGCCUUCAUGAAGCUGAUGCGCUACAUCUGCAAGGAGAACUCUGUCGGCCGUUACCUGGGCAUGACGAUCCCCGUCCUGAACGAGAUCCGCACUCUGGAGGACGGCAGCUUCUCUAAAGAAGUCCAGACGCUGUUCUACCUCCCGGCGGAGUUCCAGCUCGACCCCCCCGAGCCCACCGACCCCGCCAUCCGCAUCGUCCAAUUGGAGCCCCUGAGGGUCGUCACCAGGGUGUUUUUUGGCACUACCACGGAGGACACGGUCGCGCGGCAGAUCUCCCUGCUCUGGGAGCUGCUGGGGAGCGCAGACACCCUACGCCGUGAUGUCUACAUGGUGGCCACGUACCAGAACCCGGGCGUGCCCUGCCGCAGGAACGAGCUCUGGUUCAUCCGCCGGGACCCCUGAACUGUGCCCCCCUCCUCUACCUCAAACACAAACCCGCAAACCCACAAGCCCACAAACGCACAUGAACCCACAAACGCACAUAAACCCACAAACGCACAUAAACCCACAAACACACAAUAACACAUACGCACACAAACCCACAAAAACCCUCAUUUACACAACCCCUGCUCCCCUACCUCACACACAAACACUCAGUCAUACACACAAAAUGCACAUUCACGCAAAACCCCUACUCAGACACAAACCCACAAACGUGCGCAUUUAUACGGUACAUUACAGUUAUUUAUCUGAUGCUUUUGUCCAAGGCGAUUUACAGUUGAUUAGAUUAGGCAGGGGCCAGUCCCCCAUGGAGUAAUGUAGAGUUAAGGGCCUUGCUCAGGGGCCCAACAGCAUAUUGUGGUGACAGUGGGGCUUGAACCAGGUCCCAGUCAGGCACGUCAGCCAGUAUGCUAUCAGCUGAAUAACUGCAUUGAUUAGCGUCAGCUGAAUUACUGUAAUGCAAUGCAAACACACACACAAACCCAGAAACGCACACAUUUAUAGAAAACCUAAAAAAAGUACUUCCCUCCUACCUCGGACACAAGGCCGCAAACAGCCAGGGUAACACGCCAAAAUACCUAAGCUACCUUUUGGUCCAACCUCUUCUUGUGAAUUCAGGUGGAGUGUCACCGACAGUCCACACACACAGUGCAUGUUUCUGUCUCGUACAAAGGUCUGCGAUCCGUUAUCACCUGCAGUUAGUCUGCUGUAUCCCAUUCUAAAAGUUAAAGAGAGACAAUCAACUUGCUUCUUUUUACACUUUCACCUUAAGAGUCCUCUUUGGGAAGAAAAAAAAACCCAUCUUUUUUUUUUAUUUAUUACAUUUUUUGUAUGUUUCAUAUAUCAUCCCCUCCUCUAAACUCUGUUCUAAAAAUCUAUAACAAAGCAGAACGAGGUCACUGGUAAUUAAGGAGGAAGCCAAAGAAAGCCAGACGCGAUUUACAACUUCAUUCACUUUUAUUGUCUGGUGUAUACAAAUAAAACAAAACCAUAAAAUAACAAUUAUGAAGAACAAAUUAAGUCAUAAAUAAUUAGUGAUACUGAGUUCAGGCCUCAGGUUCUUCAACAGAAGAAAUUUGUGAUUUUGAAGUUGAUUUGAGUUUUGAACUGCAGGUGGUGAUUUCUCUCUUGUGCUGAGACCUUGUGCUGAGACAUUAACUGUGUGCUUUGAUUGUACCAUCCCAAACACUGGCACCUCUUAAGAGAUUCACUGAAUACAAAAACGAUACAAUACCUCAUGAAAUACCAUCAGGGCUGUUCUUCUCAUAAACAUAUCUUCAGUCGUUCAGACGGGGAUAAUAUGUUGGCAAUAAGUUAAUAUUGUGUGUGCGUUCCAGAUGUAACUGUUAUUCCUGUUCAGGGUACACCUCACUUUUUAUUUUAUUGUUUUGGCAGAAGUGGGAUAAAGCACUCCCCCGCACUCCUGUCACUUUCCGCUUUUCCAGAUUUGUUCCCAAGUGCUUUUGGGAAGAACCAUUUUGCUUAUCUCCAUGGAUUAAGUUUUUUUUUUUUUUUUUGCCCACUUUUUAUAUUUAGGGAAAUUUCUCUUGAGUUAUUCUGUCAGGUUGUGUUUCACAGCUGUUGUUGCUGUGCAGGUUAUAAUUUUAACGUCGUGGGAUUAAGUCCUUUGAAUAUGUUUUGGGGACUUACAGAAAAUGACAUUUAUGAUGUCUGUGUCAGUUGAAGGAACAAAUUCAAUGUACCAGCUGUUUUUUAAUUUAAUUUUACCACAGUAGAUAAUGUGAAUUUUGACAUCUAUGGUAAAUGAAUGCAUUUUAAACAGAGUAUUUGUAGCCAAGGAAAUUUGGUAACGUUAAUAAUUUUUAAUUCAAUUUAUGUAAGUAUAUGCAUGUAUAAUGUAAACGAUUAAGUGUCAUAAUGGCUUUUCAGAUUCAGGAUUAUCCUUUGUUACUGCUCAGAGUUUUUGGAAAUUGAAUGUUUUGAUUAUCGCCAAGUACAACUGCUUCGGCCGUUGCCUAAUACUCAAAUUUCCCGUUUGGAAAGAAAGGCCGUCUGAAGGUCACUGCUGUUCUUUUAGCUCAGGAACUUGACUGAAAACUGUAUACCUACGCUUCUCGAGUGCAUAUAUUUUGUGUAUUUUUUACAUGUUUUAACAACACAUCCGACACAACAGUAUUAUAACUACAUUAACCUCAACCGUUACGAAGAUGUCUUGCAAAUAUACACUGGUGGACAGCGAUUUCAUUUCCACACAUAGGCUACCUUCUGCAAAACGCAAACGACAAUCAUUUUCACAGGAGAAAAAGUGUUUGGGGGAUUUCCGUUUCUUUGAUCAGACGCCUGCUCGGACUGACAAUUUUACAGUUGUCUUAAUCUUUAGGCUUUAGGCCUACAUACAUAUCUGUUGCUUUCCAGUGUGGCUAUUGCUCGUAUUAAAUGUCUGUAUCCAGCACACUUAUGUGUGCUUUGGGCUGUGGGGAUCCUGUUUUGUGGGGUGUAGUUUUAAAACGGUCGCUUAGAUUACUCUCUGCCCCUCUGCGGCGUCUGCGGUCGUUACGACUGCUGGACAGAUGAGGCGUCAUGACAACGGAAAUUGGUGGAGCUGUUAUCAGUCACUCACUGAUUGGAACCAGUCAAUUGUGUGUUGCGGGUGGCCAAGCGGCGCCUUUCGAUUGGUUUAAAGAAGUCCGUGAUUUUGACGGCUCUUUGUAAAAACUCGGGCCAGUUAUUAUAAUGUUGAAGCCUCGUUAUUGGAUGGUCACGCGCGUUCCGGGUGAACCGGCUUUACCGCGUUUCCUCUUGAGCCACAUUCCGGUAGCGUCUCUCCUCGCCAAUCGCAUGCCGUUUCUUAAAGCCUGUACUUUCUUAAAACUGGCUCCUAUGCCAGCUGUUUGUGUUCAAUAAAAAAGUUGCAGUCAGUAUA